CCUCGUCCGGCCGCGUUCCUCCCCGCAUUUUAGUACCCCUCGUCCAGAGCUACAGAAACGCGCAAUCCCUCGAGAUCCCGCAUUUGCGUCCAGUCCCCGGCAGCGGCAAGCAAAGCGCCGAUGGCGACGCUCACGGUCCCUUCCUCCGUCCCGGCCAUCACCGACGACUGCGAGCAGCUCCGCAAGGCCUUCCAAGGGUGGGGCACGAACGAGGCGCUGAUCAUCUCCAUCCUGGGCCACCGCGACGCUGCGCAGCGCCGUGCCAUCCGCCGCGCCUACGCCGAGACGUACGGCGAGGAGCUCCUGCGCAGCAUCACCGACGAGAUCUCUGGCGAUUUCGAGAGGGCCGUGAUCCUGUGGACGCUGGACCCGGCGGAGAGGGACGCGGUGCUCGCCAACGAGGGGGCCAAGAAGUGGCACCCCGGGAGCCCUGUGCUGGUCGAGAUCGCGUGCGCGCGCGGGUCCGGGCAGCUCUUCGCGGUCAGGCAGGCGUACCAUGAGCGCUUCAAGCGGUCGCUCGAGGAGGAUGUCGCCGCUCACGUCACCGGCGCCUUCCGCAAGCUUUUGGUGCCACUUGUUAGCUCAUACCGCUACGAGGGGCCAGAGGUCAACACAAGGUUGGCCCAUUCAGAAGCCAAAAUACUGCAUGAGAAGAUUGAGCAUAAGGCUUAUGGUGAUGAUGAGAUCAUCAGAAUCCUCACAACUAGGAGCAAAGCUCAGCUGCUUGCAACAUUCAAUCAUUACAAUGAUGCAUUUGGUCACCCAAUCACUAAGGAUCUCAAGGCUGACCCCAAAGAUGAGUUCCUUAAAACCCUGAGGGCAGUUAUACGGUGCUUCACUUGCCCUGAUAGGUACUUUGAGAAGGUUAUCAGGUUGGCCAUUGCAGGGACAGGAACAGAUGAGAACUCCCUUACUAGGAUCAUAACAACCCGUGCCGAGGUGGACCUGAAGCUGAUAAAGGAGGCAUACCAGAAGAGAAACAGCGUUCCCCUGGAGCGGGCAGUCGCAGGAGACACCUCUGGUGACUAUGAGAGCAUGCUCCUUGCCCUUCUGGGGAAGGAGUGAGUCUUGUCUCUGACCCAAUUCUGUUACAUCCGUAUGUAUCAGUCGAAAAAUAAACUUGGUAUCAAAGCUGUGGUCAUGCUAUAUUUGAGGUUGUGUUUCUGUACUGGUAAUAAUUACUGCAGCUUCCUUAACAGAGAUAAUAAAAUAGUGAUGUACUUCGUGAAUCAUGAUACAGUUAAUUCUUUU